AUGGAGGAGAUCAUCGUCGACGAUACGGAGAUGUACGGAGCCCUCGUGACGGCGAAAUACCUACGGAUGCAUCAUCGACACCGUUGCAGUGAGAAACAGUGUACCUCUGUUCUCGUCAAAUACAUCAAAGCCCCUGUUCAUCUCGUUUGGUCACUUGUGAGAAGAUUCGAUCAGCCGCAGAAAUACAAACCAUUUGUAAGCAGAUGUACUGUUGAUGGUGAUCCUGAGAUCGGCAGUCUCAGAGAAGUCAACGUCAAGUCUGGUCUUCCGGCGACCACUAGUACAGAGAGGCUCGAGCAGCUUGAUGAUGAAGAACACAUACUCGGCAUCAACAUCAUUGGUGGUGAUCACAGACUCAGGAAUUACUCUUCGAUUCUGACUCUACAUCCUGAGAUGAUCGAUGGGAGGUCAGGAACUAUGGUGAUUGAAUCUUUCGUUGUGGAUGUUCCUGAAGGCAACACCAAAGACGACACAUGCUAUUUCGUGGAGUCACUCAUCAAAUGUAACCUCAAAUCCUUGGCUUGUGUCUCUGAAAGAUUGGCUGCUCAGGACUUGACCAAUUCCAUCGCCACUUUCUGA